GUGUUUUUUGUUCAAAGACUUAUUUUUUCCAAGGCUUGUAAGAACGAACACAAAUCUUCAAACACGGAAGUGUCAGAAACUAAUCAAGUGUAGUAACAUCACCCCGCCACAAGAUGUCAGUAAGAGUCGACAUCAAAUGGGCAGAACAGGUUGUGUUCAACUCUGUUGUACUUUUUAUUCAGCCUCCAUUGUAGAAAAUAUAUGUUUAUUUUUAAAAUGUUCAAACUGUCAACAGAUGUUAGUAAUAUUAUUAAUGUGUUGUAUUUGUCAUAGAACAUGUGAGUCUUGACUGUGAUAUCUAGCAGUGUUUGAUGUUCACUUUAAGACCCGACUGAAGACGGAAGGAGCUAAAAUAUUCACAAUGCAAGAUUGUUGAACAUGGAACAAAAUAAUAAAAAGUCAUGCUGUUGUUGUUUUCUUCUUUCAGUGAUUCACACGCUGCAGUAUUUCUACACUGCGUCCUCUCAAGUUCCAAACUUCCCAGAGUAUGUGAGUGUUGGUUAUGUUGAUGGAGUUCAGAUUGUUCACUAUGACAGCAACAGCAGGAAAGCAGAAGCCAAACAGGACUGGAUGAACAAAAUCACAGCAGAGGAACCAAAAUACUGGCAGAGACAAACAGAGAUCAAUGUUGGUAAUGAGUUGAUUCUCAAACACAACCUUGAAGUUCGUAAGAAGCGUUUCAACCAAACUGGAGGUGUUCACAUUCUCCAGUGGAUGUUUGGAUGUGAAUGGAAUGAUGAGACUGAUGAAGUUAAAGGUUGGCAACAGGAAGGUUAUGAUGGAGAAGAUUUCAUAUCGUUGGACAUGAAGACAUGGACAUUUACUGCAGCAAAACAACAAGCUUUCCCCGACAAACUCAAGUGGGACCAGAACAAACAUCUACUAGAAUACGAGAAGUUUUACUACACUGAGGAAUGUCCUUCUUACUUGAAGAAGCAUGUGAACAAUGGGAAGGAGGUCCUAAUGAGAACAGAGCUUCCAGAGGUGUUCCUGCUCCAGAAGACGCCGUCCUCUCCGGUCAGCUGCAUGGCGACAGGUUUCUACCCCGACGGUGCCGACCUGUUUUGGAGGAAAGACGGCGAGCAGAUCUUCGAGGACGUGGAGCACGGAGAGAUACUCCCCAACCACGACGGAACCUUCCAGAUGUCGGUGGCGCUGAAAGUGGAGGUGACGGCCGACGUGGAGGGCAAGUACGAAUGUGUGUUUCAGCUGUCAGGCGUCAAGGAGGACUUGGUCACCAAGCUGGAGAGAAGAAGCAUCCUGAGCAACGCAAGCCAUGAAGACAACUUGAGCGUCGCCCUCGCUGCCACGGCGGCGGUCCUCGCUGUGGCGGCCAUCAUCAUCAUCAUCAUCAUCAUGGUCAUGGUCAGGCGUCACAGAAACAGACAAGGUGAGGGACGCCAAUGUCCUCUGUCUUCUUCUUCUCGGUGCACUCGGUCCAGGCCGUGAGUUGAUGCUUUCAUCCGGGCUGCAAAGGUGCGGCCAUCUUUUAGUUGCCUUCCAGCCAAACACUCAAAGAUCCACAGAGACAGAGCGCACACUCUCACGUAGAAACACGGCGUGACGUGAGGGGAAAAGUCCACUUCACCUUGUUUCUCUUUCAUUUCAGCCCAGUACGAUCCAGCUGGUAAGUAAAACAUCUUUUCUUUGAGCCGCAAGAAACAAAGCCGUGGUGAAGCGUCACUCACAUGGAGGUCUGAUGUGGACCUUUGUUACAAGUUUAGCCGGAAAAGCCCAACUGGAGCUGACUCCUUCACAAUAAAAGUCCCUCCUGUGAGCACACGCAAUACAAAGUCUGGCAUAUCUCACUUUUGACAGGAGUCCUCAUGAUGAGGAUCAGCCAAAUGAGACAUCAAGUGUGCUGACUCGUCAUGUUUCCAAGUCACACCUCAAAGAUCUGAUGUGAGUGACGAGGCACCUUCUGGAUGUUCUUCCUUCACCGUUUGCGUUUGUCCCGCAGCUCGCCACGGCGGCGUGGAGCUCGACGAGAACGUGCAGGCGGCUGAAGGCUGAGAUGCUUUGUGCACUGGAACACAGGGAGAUGUCUCCAUCGCUGAGGGACGUCAUCACACUCGGAGAUGAGAUGGAGAUGUGCUUUGUUCUUCGUCCGACUGCUCCUCACGCUAUUCCAUGUAUUCUUCUUUGGCCGUUAAAAGACUUUCAAGAUCAAACGUUGGUGGCUGUAAAAUCGCACGUUUCAUGGCCUUGACGUCAUGACGAGGAUUUCUUCUUUUCUUUCAAUGGCCGCUGCUUAUGAUCAAUAUCACAUUGUGUCACAUCUCUGUCAAUAAAUCCGUUUUUCCUCCA